AUGUCGUUCUCUGGUUUCUACUUAACCUACCUCAGCGAUCACGUGCGCUGCUUUAAGUGCGGACUGGUCCUAAGAAACUGGUCAGACAGUAUGGACCCCUUAGAGAUGCAUGCCGAAUACUCUUCUGACUGCACGGUGGUCAAACUUUUGAAUGGACCUUUAACAUCCAAGACCCACCACGAUAGGAAGAAGAUGGUGGAUGAUACACUGGUGGAUCAAGUGAUUGAACAAGGGGACAUUGAGAGGCACGUGAUAGCUAUGGGGUUCCCUCUCGAUGAUGUCAAGGCUGCCGUGAAAAAGAGACUCUUGGGCCAGUCAAAUUCUACAGAGUUGCAGAAUGCACAGAAGCUCUUUGCGUCAGCAUGGAACAGAGGGCGAGGGUCGAGCAGGUCGUCGGGCAAACCUUAG